GAGGAGACAGCGAUCAUUUUUAGCUUCAGAAGCAGAAACUCCUCAGUGAAACGAUGGUGAAAGUGGGCAUGGCCGCUCCAGCUCUGCUGCUGCUCCUGGUGGCACUGGUGUCUGAGGGUGAAAUGGGUCCUGUCAGGUGCUGUUUAUCCUACAAUGAGAAGCCCUUCCCUGCCGACCUGUUACAACACUAUUACCUCCAGGACAUCAGAGGUCCUUGCAACAUUGAUGCUGUGGUCUUCACCACUGUGAGGGGGAGGAAGAUCUGUGCCAACCCUAAUGACAAGUGGGUCGAGGACGCUAUGGAGCACAUAAAGGACAAGAGAAGGGCCUGAAGCGACCACUUAUGUGAUCUCAACGAGGCUCGACCAGACUUGGAACCAAUUUUGUCUUCAUUGAGCGCUGUGCCAAAUUAGAACCAUGGCUGUUAUUAUGUCACUGUUCUACUU